AUGCAAUAUUGCCAUGACUUUCAGAAAUCAAAGCUCACUGGAUCAAGUCAACCCAAAACUUCUCAGAGUGAUCACAAUGUUAACGAGCACCCUGUGGAACCAAAGCCGUUGCCAUUUAUACACAGGUUCAUCACUAAUUGGCUAGUAAUGGAUCCAGUGUUAUUACUGAAGUAUCAAAGACAGACAAGCAAGAUGAAGAAUUACGAGGUUGAAAAAGAUGACGACGUCAAGUUUAUCUUCUUUUUAGGUGGUCGUCUUAGAAGCGUCAAGGCUUGGCCCAUCAACGUUUUCUCUGGGGCAAUGCUUGCCAUUCCGGUAGUGGUAUAUAGCAUAUUUGAAGCUAAAUGGCAAUGGCAUCAUCUACUGCCGGCAGUGGUGAUAACAUUCGUUUAUGUAUGGUUGCUUACUUUUUGUCAAUUUUGGAAAGCUGCUACAAGCGAUGCCGGUGUGUUGCCCAAGAACCUACAUCUUCCAAAGUCUAUCAACAGAGCAAAAAUUGAUAAUCCGCCUGACGAAUACUUCAAUAGCAUUACCUUGCCGUCAUAUGGAAGUACACAAAAUGGCGUUACUGUUAAAUAUUGUUCUACGUGCCAUAUAUGGCGACCACCAAGGACAAGUCAUUGUGGGACAUGUCAAUAUUUGAACAAUGUUUACAAGCAAAAGCAUGUUGAUUUUAUUAACGUAUACAACACCCAUUCAAUAUGGAAAAAUUUGUAUAUAAAUUGGUUGGGAUCGUCACGCGGAGUGAGUUUAACUUUUCCGAGAGAUGACUAUGAGCCAGGCGACAUCAGUCCUCGAAGUAACCUAUCUCAUACCUUUUCAUUCAAAUCGCUAGACAAUUAUCGACUACAUUCACCUGCUUCAGAACACCAUGACUCACGACUGAGACCACGAGUCCCGUCACCAUCACCAUCACCAUCACCAUCACCAUCACCAUCGAUACCGCAACUUCAUCUGCUGCCAUCAUUUAAUCACAACCAUCGUAUCAAUGCACAAUCUUUUAGGACAGCGACAAGCCCAAUUCGGUCGCAUCGCAGACUACACCAUCCAAGACCAAUAGCUCGCUCACACCUGACACGUGGGUACAUGUCGCCUCAUUCACGAACACUAAGUCGGUCACCACUGAUAGAAUCGGUGGAUCCCACAGAUGCAAAUCAACAAAAUCCACAUCUUAUAAAUGCACUACUUGCGCAGUCGAGACCAGCAAGCCCCAUAUCUGUAUCUGCAUCUGUUGAAUCCGUGACCACUGACUCCCAUCGAGGUGGUACUUCAUUGCAUCAAGCCACAACUGCGUAUACGGCUACAUAUGGGCCAAAGCCGCGAUCAAAUAACAUUUUAAACAUGUCACAGCGAGUCUUCACUUGGUUGUAUUCCAUCUCAUUGAUCAUCAUCAUUAUUGUCAUGUUGGCGUUUAUUGCCGUUACUCCCAUUGAUGUAAUUGUCCAGACUUUGAAAGCAACCAAUGCAAUUGCCGUCAAGACUUUUCUUGUGAUUAUAGUCUGUGUUGCAUUCUUGUUUUUCUCAUUGGUUAUGUAUUUGGGAAGAGUUUAUUCCUUUAGAGUGGCAAUGAAUGAUGUUUGCUCGAAAUCAUUGUACAUACCAUUUGAAGGUGAUUAUCCCAAGGAUGUUUUCCAUUUUAUCGACCAAAAAUUAAAGUAUAGUGUUGAUGUUGGUAGAAAAGCCGGUCCCUUGCAUCAAAAUUAUGCUAUUAAUCAUCCAGGCCUAUCACCCCCAGAGUACAUUCAGAAUCGUAACCCGGGAAUGGAGGGGAAACUUUUGCCUCCCAAUAUAUCAUAUGAGGACGUUUUGCAAAGUCUUAGCGAUAAAUUCCAAAUCGGCAAAGUGUUUACUAUUGAUGAUUUACCAAUGAACUUAUCAGUCAAGGAAAUGGUGUUAUCCAUGUAUAAACAAAUCUUGGAAGCUAGUGAUUCGAAUCAUUUAACGAAAUAUAUGCCAAAUAUUGCCAGGUUGAUUGCAACAUAUGAGAAAUGUCGAUUUGGAGGAGGAUUGAUUGAGGAGAGGGAUAUGUUUACGUUGAUGAUUGAAAUUGACAAGUAUGGUCAAUUGUGUCAAAAUGAUUUCCAAUCAAAGAUACCGCAAAAUCGAAGAAUCAUUAGAUCAAGUCAAUCUUCAAACGCGUAUGAUACAGGUGACGGUGGAUACAUUUCCAAUAACGACUUGCGCUAUUACAGUGGUGGCAUAUAUGAUGAUCUGAAUGAACCAGAUUACGCUGCUCAGUAUAAUCAAUACGGUUACGAUUAUGACAAAUUUGACGAUGGAGAAAACACUUCAACUACCGGUGAUGAAGUCAGCGCAAGACAAGUCAAUGAAAGUUCCAGGCUUGGACCGUCCACUGAUAAACCACAUUAUGGGGAUAGCAUGGAACCAAAUGGCUCUGGCAAUCUGCAGGAAAUUUUUCAACUGCAAGAGGAGUCUGAACAACGACAACACCUCCCCUUACGAAGGCGAUCAAGUGUCAGCUCCACCAAAUCUGUGAUUCGUAAUAAAUUGGCAUUGAAUCAAAAUGCUAGCAGGCAUACGCUACUGAAUUUGACCUACUAUGGCGGCGAUGCAUUAGGAGACACGCAUUCAUUAUUUAGGCAUCGUAGUGGGUAUGUUACAGAUUCAGAAAACGAAGAUUAUUGGGAUAAUGGAGAUGAUAGAGAAGAUCCGAUGAGAUGUACCCCUACUCCAAUUCCUCAAAUUCGUGUACUGGGAAGAGACGACGACGACGACCGUGGUGGCAAUGAGCACGCAGAUGAUGAUGAUGACGACGACGACGCGGAAGAAGAAGGAAACGCCCAAUGCGCUAAGAACUACCCAUUUCAAGGAUCCAUUACCACCACCAAUAUGCCGCCACCACCACCACCGGGUAACCUCGGAUCCUCCUCCCCUUCCUCAUCGUCAUCGUCAUCGUCAUCACUACUACCAGAAGACUACCUCUACUACCUCGACUACCUUCCCGACUUGCAAAAAUGUAUCAACUUAUUCAUGACAUUCACCCCGCUCUUCUCAUACGGCUCAACAUGCAUAUCCAUUUACAAGCGCCAAACCUCACUAGGAUUCAGCAUAGACAUCUGCGGCACCAUGUUCAUGGCGAGCAUAUUGCGCAUCUUGUACUACUUGUGCCAACCUUAUGAGAUCACCCUCUUGCGACAAUCAAUAGUCAUGAUACUAAUACAAACUGCACUACUCAAGAUUAGUCUUCGGUAUCGGCCCCACAACUAUGACCCGGAGCUCUUGACCCCCUUGCCGCGGUGGGAACUGGAGUUUGAGAACAACUUGCCACGUCGUCUUAGUGUGUCGAAUUACAUUGUUGAGCACAAAAAUUACACGUCGUUGGGAGUGGUGAAUUGGGCCAUUUUGCAAUUGAAUGACGUGGUAUUGUUGGGCUGGAGUUACUUCAAGACGGGGUUCAAACAGGCGUUGAGAUUAUUUGAUGUUUACUACAAGCGGCCAGGAUUGUUUUGGCAAUGGUUGAAUGAAUCUUCAUACUGGAUGUUUCUCGGUUCAUUCACGGCAUUCUUUGGAAUCUUGACAUUGGUUUUCCACAACAAUGUAACAUAUGCGAAUUUCAUUGGGGUGUUGGGAUUGUUUAUCGAGUCAUUGUUGCCCAUCCCGCAAAUCCUCAUGUUGAAUCGAAUCCAAUCGGUUAAAAACUUUAAAGUGAUCCUUCUCCUAUCAUGGUUAGGUGGCGAUUGCACCAAGAUUUCCUAUUUGGUAUAUGGAACCAAUGACGUGUCGAUUAUUUUCAUUGCCGCUGGUCUUUUCCAAAUGAGCUUGGAUGUGUAUAUUGCAUUCCAGUACUUGUCGUUGAAAUAUGGCGAUUUUUGGGUAAUUCUGUCGAAACUGGGAUCCAACAACAGGUCAGUUGAUGAAAUUGUUGAUCAUUUGGUAUUGAACGCUAGCAGUUCCCAUGGCGCGUAUCAAACAAGUAAUGGCGGUGGUGAUGGUAUUGGCGAUGGUGGUGACGUAUACGAGAUGAAUGUAUUUGAUUCAGAUUUCAAGAGUCGAUCGGCUCGUUCUUCCCCAUAA